AUGGCGUCUGCGAAGCGAUCUAGGGUCAAAAGGCUACUGUCUCCUCGCAGCCAUUCGGACAUCACCAUCCGCACAACACUGCUCGAGCCGACGAUAUUCGUGGAUACACCCCCUUCGGCGCCGUCGGUGCUGCGCGGCCACGUCGUGCUCGAUAUCUCAAAAGAAGUGCAGAUUGGCCAUGUCACCAUCCGGUUUCGGGGAGUGAUUCGCACGAGGAAGUUCGGGGGCAGGACCGACGAACAAUCUAUCGUCGACCAGACAUGGCCGGUUCUCGGGGCUGGUCCUCGAGAAGCACACGGCAGCAAUUUUUCUGCACAUCAGCGUUCUAUCGAAAGAAGGCGAUCAUCCACGACUUCUCUCGGCCCCGGCAUUCACCCCGGACAACAUUCUGGGUCGGCGAAGGAACGUACAACUCUCAGUUCGGGUCGAUAUGUCUACGACUUUGAGCUGACCCUUGACCAAACUCUCCCCGAGAGUUUUAAUGUCGGCGGAUGUCAGCUUAUAUACCAUCUCCAAGCCGUGGUGCAUCGGCCUGAAAUGCUCAAGCGCGACGUUUCCCAUAGCCAUGAGGUCGCAGUGCUCCGUUGUCCGGACGAGAUGUAUCUGCAUGACAUAGAACACAUCAGUCUCGCGAGAACGUGGAAUAAACAAAUCCCCUACCAGAUCGACCUGGGUGGGAAAGGGGCCCCGAUUGGCAGCGAUAUCCCCGUGUCCAUUAGCGUCUCGUGCCAGGAAAUCCAAUCCAUUGCAGUACAAGUCUACCUCGGUCAAAAAAUCCGGUUCCCCGGAGUGAAGGGGAAGGAUUCCCAGCUGCGAAGAAAGCUGCUGUUGAAGGCUAGAUGCAACGAUUUAGCCACAAGAAAGUUUGGCGAUACCUCAACUGCUGGAGAAGCUUUGCCGUACUUGAACCUUGAUCGAAAUGGCAAAACAGUGACUAUAGAGGCGAAUGUCCCUCUGCCUAAUGAACAGUCGCGGUUUCUCGCGAUGCAUCCGGAUGUUGAGUAUGAGACAUUGCAGGCGACACAUUCCCUGCUGUUUAUCAUAGAUAUCGCUACACCACCGAAACACUCCUCUUCUAAGAUGCCGACCCUGUGUCGGCUCACCGGUGAAACAAUUUUUUGCCUUCGAUCGCCCCAUACUCGAGUCUACAACAUGUUCGUUCCUCAGUACUCGGCAGAAGAUCUGCCAUCCGAGGAUAAUCUGCUCAGCAUUUCUCGGCCAUCCGAUCAAAGCGGACUGUUUUCAGAAUACGGCACCGCUCCUAGUUUACAUGCGCGACACAGUUUAGCGCAGUCGAUCGACACAUUUUCUUCCUCUUCAACACGGCCCCAAUCGUUUCCUCCCCCUGUGUACGAGAGAAUGGCACCAAGACUUUCUUUGCCACCGCCGCCUACAUAUGAAUCAAUUCUGUGGAAUGGUGGCCGGGUCCAAGAGGCGGUGCGAGUAUCGUCCUAA